UACUUAAAAAGACUAUUUUAAAAUCUAUCUUCAAUUUAAAAAAUUUAAGAAGAAAAGCGCGCUUUUUCCCCAUUCUGCUCCGGUCACUUUCCUCAACUCCUAUCGCCGGUAAAGCCAAGAUUUGUUUGUCAGGGUAAGAGGGAAAGAGGGGAAAAUGGACAUCAAGGAUGCGGGAUCGUCACUUGAUUCUUUGGUAUCCUCAUUCAACACUCGGAUAUCGGAGAUUCAACAGCUUGUCGUAGCUCGAAACAUGUACCCUGCAAGCAGCGUUUCAGAUUUGUCAGCUAUUGACUCUGCAUUGAAGGUGUUGGAGCUUCAGCUCCACAAAAUAAAAAUCCGGAUGCGUGAAGAAACUGAAGCCAUCCCCAAAGCCAAGAAACUAAUAGAAGCGUCACUGAGGCAGCAAAAGAAAUUGCAAAAUUUAUCUUCUGUAGUUCCAUCAUAUGUUCCUGAUAGAGUGACUAAAACAACUGAUGAUACUACUAAAUGUUUAAAUCUAGAGUCCAUUGUUGAGGAUAGUUUUGUUUCUCUGAAACUUGAGGAGCCUGCACCCAAGGAGAAAAAAGGUCGCGUCUCCCCGCCACCUUUCUACAUUAGCUCUGAUGAACUGAAUUCUGUACCACCGUAUAUGAAACAGCGGAUCACUUUGGAAAAGGUCAAUGCAGCAAUAAAUGACAUGGCUACUUAUGCUGAAGCAACUUCCCAGCUUCUCACAGCCCCUCGUAAAAAGCUCAAAGAAAAUCUUGUGGAGAGAGCAAUGGAAUUAAGAGAUAUUGCAGCAACAGAAACAGUUAAAGGAAAGCAUUUCUUUCUUGAAACUGACAUCAGAGGGCCUUCACUGAAACUUGACAAUACAGGAAAAGCAAUACUAACUCUCCUCCGACACCUUGGUCGUAUAAGUGAAACUCGAAUUGGUCAUCACCGUGUGAUCCUUCUGUUGAGGCCUCACUGAAUUGCUAGCGACCCUCAGGCCUCGAGAUAACCUUUAGGGGUCGUUUGGUUUGAAAACAAGUUAUGCAGGAAUUAGUCAUCCGAAGGUUUGUUUUGCAUGGAUUUUAUAAUGCAGAGAUUAUUUCUUGUUGAAUAUUUAGUUUUAUGUAUUGCAUAUAGGUGCAUGCGGUAUAAUCUAAUUUGUUUGCUUAGUCUUUUACCAAAAUUAAAGAUCUCGUAUGAAUUUGAACU